AUGAGGUCGGCAUGGUUCCUGCUGUUCGGCUGCCUCACCCUUCACAAGUCUGUGGCAGCGAGUCAACACACGACGGCGGCGGACGGACCGGGGGGAGAGGCAACCCCGCUGGAGGAGAUGCUUCAGAGAGCAGAGACGAUCCUCAUUCGUUCCAUGCUGAUGAGACUGGCAGAGGAGCGAGAUUCUAACGAUGCGGAUUCGCCGCCGACGGAAGGGAUCUUCAAACGGCAGCACCCGGGCAAACGGUUAGAAGAAGAAUUUGAGAAGAGGCAGCACCCAGGGAAACGCGAGGAAGGGGAGGGCAAGGAGGGCGGUUACUUGGAAGCGGAGAAAAGGCAGCACCCGGGGAGAAGAUCUGCCUUUGACCAGUAUUCGGGAGAGAAUGCGGACCGCCAGCUGGCCUUCCUCAGCGAGCUACCCAAGAGACAGCAUCCCGACAAGAGGACCCCGUUCUACAACAAGCGUCAGCACCCUGGCCGGAGGAGUUGGGAGGGCGAGAGUGACUCCAGUGAGAGGGGGCCUCUGGAGAAACUAGGCAGACGGUACCUGGAGACGGCCAGCAGCAGCAGAGUGCUCUCCUCCCCCUGUGAACUACAGGAUCCUGCAGCUUGCAGCAAACCAAGCUAUGUGUUAGAGUUACUGGGUAACAUGAACAAGAAUUGGGCAGAGGUGAAGAGGCAGCAUCCCGGGAGGAGGCUGGCUUCAGAUGAUCAGCUGGAGGGACGAGUUUGA